GGAUUUUAACAGUGAUGGCAAGUGAAUGAGUGAGAAUCAUGUGAUCCACCUCCACUACCUCUUAACUUUGAAUCAAAAGAAGCCAUGACAACAAUGCUCAUAAAUUAUUCCACCUACAGCAAACCACCCUCUUCUACUCUUUCGUCCUUUUCUGUCUUUCCUUUUCACUUUCACUACUCUCUACUUCAACUGCUAAUAUUUCUUCUCUCUUUGUUUGUAUACAUCAAUGGCUUCUAGCGCUUCAAGGUUUAUCAAGUGUGUUACUGUGGGAGAUGGGGCUGUGGGCAAGACCUGUAUGCUUAUUUGUUACACAAGUAACAAGUUCCCUACUGAUUAUAUACCAACGGUGUUUGAUAACUUCAGUGCAAAUGUGGUAGUUGAAGGAACCACUGUAAACUUAGGCCUCUGGGACACAGCUGGGCAAGAGGAUUACAAUAGAUUAAGGCCCUUGAGCUACAGAGGGGCAGAUGUCUUCGUCUUAGCUUUCUCACUAGUUAGUCGAGCGAGCUACGAAAAUGUACUUAAAAAGUGGAUUCCAGAGCUUCAGCAUUACGCCCCCGGCAUUCCAAUAGUACUGGUUGGUGCCAAAUUGGAUCUUCGUGAGGAUAAGCAUUAUUUGGCUGAUCACCCUGGAUUGGUGCCUGUGACCACUGCACAGGGAGAGGAACUCCGAAAACAGAUUGGUGCAGCAUAUUACGUCGAGUGUAGUUCAAAAACUCAACAGAAUGUCAAAGCAGUUUUUGAUGCUGCAAUAAAGGUAGUUAUCAAACCAGCACAGAAACAAAAGGAGAGGAAGAAAAAGCCACGCCGAGGAUGCCUGUUAAUCUGAGCUGCUACUUUUCUUCUGCAUGAUUUCUUGUGAAAUUCAGAAAUGUCUUUUGCGGGAGGAGGCUUGUGUGUCUCAAAUGAAGUACCCCUCGUCUCCAAAAGGUGACUACUCUUUGGCAUCACUGCGGUGCUACACUGCUAAGAUAUUGGGUCCUGCGAGCUCGGAUUUGAAUGCACUAUAUUUUGAUUGCGGCAUGGCUCCUUGCUAAAUGUCACUCUCUAAUUUCGUCCUAAUUUCAGUGGAAAAGACAUUUUCAUCCAGUAACUCCUUGCAUAUAUAUUGUAACUCAUUGUAAAAGGUGGAGUUCAGCUAGGUUUGUUGCAAGUUUUUAUUCUUCAUGGCAUCUUUCCUGACCUUUUGGCUUGACACUAGCGAGAAAUGAUGAUUUGCUUCUUGCUUCUACGAA